AAUCAAAGUUAUGCAUGCAGUUCUGGAAGUAAACCCCGGGUGCGGACGACACUACUAACCCAACACCAGGUAAAUCGAGUGCAUAUGCGCGGGUAGGAAUAAUUUAUUUUUGUGCAUUCAGAUUAAUCAGUCUACGAAAUGGACAUCCCAAUUACAAACAACAGAAUAGACUGUAAUGAGAACAGAAUGAGCAAAUCCAUGAAGAGACUCCUCCUGGUCCUGAAUUGCGUAAUGCUAGGAGUGGGCAAUUGCGGUGGUCCUCAAGUGCAGCGGCUCUACUUUGUCAAAGGUGGGAAGCGAGUUUGGUUGACAAGCUGUCUCGAAACAGCAGGCUGGCCUUUUCUCUUUUUCCCAAUCAUCGUCUCGUAUCUGUAUCGUCGAAGCCAGGGAGUCCCCGGGACUAGACUCGUAUCCAUUAGACGUGCUCUCAUCGUUCCCUGUGCUAUUAUAGGCGUUCUCACGGGGGCUGAUGAUUAUAUGUAUUCCUAUGGCGUGGCUCGCCUUCCUAUUUCCACCUCUGCUCUUAUAAUUGCUACGCAGUUGGCGUUCACUGCUGCAUUUGCAUUUCUGCUGGUUAAGCAGAAAUUCACCAGCUUUACGGUGAAUGCUGUGUUUUUGUUAUGUAUGGGAGCUGUGGUUCUUGCGUUUCAUACGAGCUCUGAUCGUCCUGCUGGAGAGUCGGACAAGGAAUACAUUUUAGGCUUCGUUAUGACUCUUGGAGCCGCUGCAUUGUAUGGAUUUAUACUACCAGCAAUUGAGUUAAUGUGCAAGAAGGCGAAACAACGCCUAAAUUAUUCCCUAGUCAUGGAGAUGCAGGUGGUUAUGUCAUUUUUUGCUACCGUGGUUUGUGCAAUAGGCAUGGUUGUUAAUCAUGACUUCGCGGCAAUUCCUAGAGAAGCAAGGGAGUUCGAGCUUGGAAAAACAAUGUAUUAUUCAGUUUUAGUCCUUGACACAAUCCUCUGGCAGUUGUUCUUCCUAGGCGCGACAGGAGUCAUUUUCUGCGCCUCUUCUUUGCUUUCUGGAAUUAUAAUUGCGACGCUACUGCCACUGACAGAGACCUUGGCAGUCUUGUUCUUCCAUGACAAGUUCAAAGUUGAGAAGGCAAUUUCUCUGACCCUAUCUCUCUGGGGUUUCUUGUCCUACUUCUACGGAGAGCUUCAACAUACUAAGAACCAGAAGGAAGCUCUGAAUCUUGAACCGUCACCAUAAUGCAAUGCAAUGUACCUUAAUUUUGCAAGCAUUGAAACAAUGUGUCCUGAAUAUAUCAAAUUGUUUACUUGUGUUGCCUUGUUGGAGUCUGAUAAGGUAAUCACUACUCUCUCAAUCCACUAG